GAAAGGCUAAAGUCCUCAAGAGGAUGUGGCUGCAGAACCUGCUUCUCCUGGGCACUGUGGUCUGCAGCUUCUCCGCACCCACUCGCCAACCCAGCCCUGUCACCUGGCCCUGGCAGCAUGUGGAUGCCAUCAAAGAGGCCCUGAGCCUUCUGAACGACAGCAGUGACACUGCUGCUGUGAUGAAUGAAACAGUAGAAGUCGUCUCUGAAAUGUUUGACUCCCAGGAGCCGACAUGCCUGCAGACUCGCCUGGAGCUGUACAAGCAGGGCCUGCGGGGCAGCCUCACCAGUCUCACGGGCUCCUUGACCAUGAUGGCCAGCCACUACAAGAAAUACUGCCCCCCCACCCAGGAAACUUCCUGUGAAACCCAGAUUAUCACCUUCAAAAGUUUCAAAGAGAACCUGAAGGAUUUCCUUUUUAUCAUUCCCUUUGACUGCUGGGAACCAGUCCAGAAGUGAAGCAGGCCAGACCAGCCAGAAGCCAGCCCAGGAGCAUACCUCACAGAUCGCUGCCCUCCUACCCACAAAGAGCCAAACAAAACUCAGGAUCUUCACACUGGAGGGGCCACAGGGAGGGCCAGAGCUGUAGGGGGCCACUGACUUGUUCAGGGCCAUGUUGACCCUGAUACACGUGCGGCAGGGGAAACAGGAAAUGUUUUACACUGGCAGGGAUCAGUAAUAUUUAUUUAUAUAUUUAUGUAUUUUAAUAUUUAUUUAUUUAUUUAUUUAAGCUCAUACCCCAUAUUUAUUCAAGAUGUUUUUCUAUAAUAAUAAAUUAUUAAAAGUC